UCGUGCGCUUGCGCAGUUAAGCCCGCGCAGGGCGCCCCAGCUGUCUGCACCCUAAACUCAGACCCUCCAGCAUCUUCUUGGUCAGGCGAAGCCCACGACGUUGACAUGCCGGAGAUCCGCCUCCGCCAUGUGGUGUCCUGCAGUAGCCAGGACUCGACCUACUGUGCAGAAAACCUUCUCAAGGCAGACACUUACCGAAAAUGGCGGGCAGCCAAGGCGGGCGAGAAGACCAUCUCUGUGGUGCUCGAGUUAGAGAAGGAGGAGCAGAUACACAGCGUGGACAUCGGGAACGACGGCUCGGCCUUCGUGGAGGUGCUGGUGGGCAGCUCAGCCGGAGGGGCCGGGGAGCAGGACUACGAGGUCCUUCUGGUCACCUCGUCUUUCAUGUCCCCUUCCGAGAGUCGCAGUGGCUCAAAUUCCAACCGCGUUCGCAUUUUUGGGCCCGACAAGUUGGUCCGGGCAGCAGCAGAGAAGCGCUGGGACCGCGUCAAAAUUGUCUGCAGCCAGCCCUACAGCAAGGAUGCCCCCUAUGGCCUGAGUUUUGUAAGGUUUCACAGCCCCCCAGACAAAGAGGAGGCCGAGGUCUCAUCCCAGAAAGUGACCAAGCUCGGCCAGUUCCGCGUGAAGGAGGAGGAUGAGAGCGCCAGCUCCCUGAGACCCGGGGCUCUCUUCUUCAGCCGGAUCAACAAGACCCCCCCAGUCGCAGCCAGUGACCCAGCAGGACCCAGCUAUGCAGCUGCUACACUGCAGGCCUCCAGUGCCGCCUCCUCCGCCUCUCCGGCCUCCAAGACAGUAGGCAGCACCUCCAAGGAGUCCCCCAGAGGCAAGAGGAGGCUGGAUUUGAGCCACGAAGAAAAGAAGACCCCCAGCAAACCGUCCGCCCAGCCCUCACCACCCGCCCUCAAGAGACCCAAAUUGCCAGCUCCCACCCAUACCCCAGCCACUGCCCCUGUCCCUGCCGCAGCACGGGGGGCGGUGCCAGGGAAGCCCCGUGGAGAAGGCGCUGAGCCCAGGGCCCCCCGCGCCGGCCCGCAGGAGCUGGGGAAGAUCCUCCAGGGUGUGGUGGUGGUGCUGAGCGGCUUCCAGAACCCCUUCCGCUCGGAGCUCCGAGACAAGGCCCUGGAGCUGGGGGCCAAGUAUCGGCCAGACUGGACUCCAGACAGCACCCACCUCAUCUGCGCCUUUGCCAACACCCCCAAGUACAGCCAGGUCCUAGGCCUCGGAGGCCGAAUCGUGCGGAAAGAGUGGGUGCUGGACUGUCACCGCAUGCGGCGGCGGCUGCCCUCUCGGAGGUACCUCAUGGCUGGGCCAGACUCGAGCAGCGAGGACGAGGGGGGCUCUCACGGCGGCAGCAGUGGGGAUGAAGCCCCCAAGCCUCCCCGAAAGCGCCCCCAGACCAAAGCCAAGCCCUCUCAGGCAGCAGGACCUAGCUCACCCCAGAGACCCCCAACCCCAGAAGAGACCAAACCACCCUCACCAGGGCCCCAGGAAGAUGCUGACACCAAGGGGGAGCAGUCAGGACAGGACAAUGGGGCAGAAGAUUCUGGGGACACCGAGGAUGAGCUGAGGAGGGUGGCUGAGCAGAAGGAACAAAGGCCGCCCUCCAGCGAGGAGAAUGGCAAGGACCCGUACGCAGGGUCCACGGAUGAGAACACGGACGAUGAAGGUCCCCCGGAGUCUCCCAGUCUGCCGAUUCCCGAGCUCCCAGACUUUUUCCAGGGCAAACACUUCUUCCUGUACGGGGAGUUCCCGGGGGACGAGCGGCGGACGCUCAGCCGUUAUGUCACAGCCUUCAACGGGGAGCUUGAGGACUAUAUGAGCGACCGGGUACAGUUUGUGAUCACGGCACAGGAGUGGGACCCCAGCUUUGAGGAGGCCUUGAUGGACAACCCCUCCUUGGUGUUCGUCCGUCCCCGGUGGAUCUACAGUUGCAACGAGAAGCAGAAGUUACUUCCCCACCAGCUCUACGGGGUGGUGCCCCAGGCGUGAAGUAUGUGCUCACACACACAUGGGUUUAAUAAAGGUGACUUGGUUUGGA